AUGGAGGGAGCAGAGGAAGAGUUGGAGAGAAGAAGCAAGUUUUUGAACAGUCUGAUACAGAAGAAGAAAGGUAUAGAGCAACAGGAACAGCAAGAUCAUCUUAAUGUUCGUGUUAGAGCCUCUGAUAUGCCUAAAGCUUUGCAGAACAGAGCCUUUAGGUGUGCCAGGGAAAACAUCGACUCCAUGCCUGGGAAGCUUGACAGCAAACGAGUAGCUCUUGCCCUCAAGAAGGAAUUUGAUUCAUCGUAUGGUCCAGCUUGGCAUUGCAUCGUGGGGACAAGCUUUGGCUCAUACGUCACACAUUCAUUAGGAGGAUUUCUGUAUUUUUCGAUCGAUAAGGUCUACAUUCUUCUCUUCAGGACUGCUGUUAAGCCUCUGGAUCAUUGA